GUUAUCUUUAGUGCUGUCGCGGCUGCCCAAAGGGGGACCGUUCGCGGCUUUGAAGAGGAUUCCUUCAUUCUCGUUUUCAUACUCUUUCGUAGCCUUGUCCGUCCGACCUGCAGAGGUCCUUCCAAACCGUAUCAAUUCCUCGAAAGUACGGUAUCUACUUACACGUCACUUCACACCUUGACCCACCGCCUGCCAAUUCGUAAAAUACAAAACUUACGUCCCGCCUCCCACCUUGCAAUCGUUUUUACUUAAUCCCCCACCGCCGACUCUUUUUUAUCGAUCGUCGAUUCUCCUUCCUACCUUUCAUCUUGAAAUCUCCGGUAUUGGAUAUCGACCGCUAGCCAUGGAUCAACGAGAGCUAGAGUCGCGCGUCAAGGCGCUUCACAAGGCUGCCCAGUCUAACGAGCCUGCUUCUAACCUUCUCUCUAUUAUGGAAUCGCUUCGUGUUGCUUCGCCUACCGAAGAGAUGCUGCGCACUACCAAAGCAGGCAUUGUUAUCGGCAAGCUCCGAGGCAACCCGAACAAGGAAGUGGCUAAGGUCGCUGGCGAAGUGGUCGCCAAGUGGAAGAAGGGUAUCGAGGCCGAGAAGCGAGCAAAGGGUUUGCAUCCAGCUAAGGCGGCCCAGAAGGGCUCCGUGUCACCUGCCUCUAAGGCCGCAUCUCCCGCUCCGAAACCCCUCGUGGGAAAUAACAAGGCCUACCAGGGCGACGUCGAGAAGCGCACGUUCAAGUCCGACGGCGUCAAGAUCGCAAUCACCGGCUCCACGACCCGCGACAACUGCAUCGGCCUACUGUACAACGGCCUCGCCUACCGCUCGCGGGAGUCCGAAGACAACGUGAUUCAGCGCGCAGAGGAGGUUGAGCGCGCAGCCUUCAAAGUGUACAAGGGCGAGACGAAGGAGUACAAGGAGAAGAUACGAUCGCUAUUCCAGAACCUCAAAGUCAAGACCAACGCUGAGCUCGGCCGUAACGUCAUGUCGGGCUCCAUCACGGCCGACCGAUUCGUCGUCAUGGGUAGUAAGGAGCUCAUGUCCGCGCACCAGCGUAAGGCCGAUGCCGAGGCCGAGCUCGAGAACAUGAAGAAGGCCCAGGUACCCAUGGCCGAGAAGUCCAUCAGCGACAGUCUCGAGUGCGGCGGCUGCAAGAAGAAGAUGGUCAGCUACAGCCAGGCCCAGACACGAAGUGCCGAUGAACCGAUGACUACUUUCUGCGAGUGCAUGAACUGCGGAAAGCGUUGGAAGUUCUCUUAAUCGCUACAUUUCUUCUGGCCUAUCCAUCUUGUCUCACUUAAGGGAGGGUCUUUCUUCCGAAGAUGAGCCACGUUCGAUACGGUUUUUCUCAUGAGGUACAUGAGGUUCAUAAAGCAUCACACACCAUGCAGUAGAAAUGGGUGGUAUGCGGGCGUCUCGGAAUCUCGGUCUUCAAACCGAUGUAGGGUGAAUUUUACAACCAACGGCUAUGUUUUCUACGCGAGGAGUUUGGGCAAUAGAUGACAGGCAUGGCACUUUGCUAAGGAAUACACCCCCUUCUAUUCUAGUAAUACGAAAUCAUUCGAUUUA